AUGAAGUCUUUCUCCCCCGUUGCUGUCGCCUUGAUGGCCGCCUUUGGCAUGGUCGCAGCUGAGAUUUCCGCCUCUGAUUGUGCUACCAUGUGUCUCUCCAACAUGAACGCCCAGGCCUCCGAGUUGGGUUGCAAGACUGGCGACUUGGCCUGCCUGUGCAAGAGCGACAAUUACAAGUUCGGUAUCCGUGACUGCACCAAGGAGGCUUGCCCCAACGACGACGCCGAGAAGGUUCUCGCUGAGGCCGUCGCUAAGUGCCCUGGCGGUGUCGCUGGCUCUGACUCCAGCUCUAGCUCUACCUCUGGCUCUAACUCUACCUCCACCUCUGCCUCUGGUUCCGGUGCUGGCAGCGACGCCACUACCUCCGGCUCUGGCUCCGAAACCACCACUGGCGCAACUGGCUCCAAGACUGCCACCGGCUCCGACUCCAGCGUGACUGGCACUGACGCGUCUGGCUCUGCCUCCGGUGGGAGCGGCUCUGCUACCAAGACUGGCACCGAUGCCAGCGUGACUGGCUCUGACUCUGCUAGCUCCACCUUGGUGACCAAGACCAGCACCAGCACCGGCGAUUCUACCACUGCCACCACUACCACCACUUCCGCUGUCUCUGGCAGCGACUCUGACUCUGGCAACGGCUCCGGCUCCGACUCCGACAGCUCUUCCAGCUCCGCUUCCGGCACUGCUGCUCCCACCUCCAGCGAGGGUGUCGCUGCCCCCAUGGCCACUGUUGGCACUGGUGCUAUGGGCGUCCUCGGUAUGCUCGCUAUCCUCGCUCUGUAA